AUGUCCGAACUAUGGAAGGGCCCGCUCUACAAACCAGUCUCACCAAGCAUAGAUGACAUGAACAUUGCGAGCAUCGCCUGGGGAGUUUCCCUGGGUGUUUGCAUAUUCACGUUUGCAAAGGGCACACGACAGACCAUCAAAUCGUGGAGGAGGGGCCGCAAGAUGAACCCUUACAUUAUUCUGUUGUGGAUGGAGUGGGCGAGUAGCUCUAUUAUGAGUGCUAUUACCUGGUGUUAUCUGCGGUCUUACAUCCCAGGAGGCUUUCCCUUUUUCUUUAUCCUGGUCUUUCUCUGGUGUAUCCAACUACAGGCCCUCAUCCAGAUCAUCAUCAACCGAAUCGCCAUCCUCAUGGUCGUCCGACAGAACGCGAGAAAGCUCAGGCUCGGCGCAUUCCUCGUCAUCCUCGUUGUCAACAUCAGCGUCUUUUGCAUCUGGAUCCCAGCUCGCCUGGGGAUCAAUAAGACGUGGAGGGACAUCAAUAACGUCUGGGACCGUAUUGAAAAGGUCAUAUUUUUGCUCGUCGACGCCGGUCUCAACCUGUACUUUAUUUAUCUGGUGCGGUCGCGGCUUAUUGCGAAUGGUCUCACCAAGUAUGGCAGAUUGUUUCGCUUCAACUUGGGCAUGAUUGCAGUGUCCAUGACGAUGGAUGUCCUUCUCAUUGCCAUGAUGUCUCUUCCCAAUGACAUUGUAUACGUCCAAUUCCAUCCCCUUGCAUACCUCGUCAAGCUUCACAUCGAGAUGAACAUGGCCGAUCUCAUCACAAAGGUGGUCAAGGCCAGCAACCCUUCAGGCUACCCCGACUACUCAGGCUCUCGCUCCCGCACGACACAACAGGGCAAGAGUUCAGGACGUGGAGUCACCGGUAACAGCAAGCACCCAACGUCCAUGUUUGCCGGCGGAAACACGACAUACAUCGAAGCCGGAGCCGAAGAUAUUGAGCUCCCAACACGCAACGAGCACGGCAUCCAAAAGACUGUGAGGACCGAGGUGGUGGUCAAGCCAUCGCGGCAAUCCCAGUACGACGACCCAGAUAUGGCGAGCGAGUCGAGUUCCACGAGGCAGCUCAAGAGGGAGCACUUUCCGGUAUGA